AUGAAAGCGAUUCGUUUUCCUCGUCUCCGACUGACAGCCCGUUCGAAUCAAAACAUAAUAGUUAAAAACAACAGCGGCCUUGAACGGCGGCUCCGAGAUUUUGUUCGCGUUCGCGCGAGGUUUGCAGCGACGUGCAGCCAGGUCGGUGUGGAGCCGCGGACUGUUCGGAUCGAGGUUCCGCUGGCAACUCUUUGCGGUGAAACAGCGCUGCGCGCCGCUGCUGAGCUGCAAAAGCGAUAA